AUGGCGCAGGACACGCUCACUUUGGCGAACGUGAACGACUCGGGGCUCCAAGGGAUAGUGCUGGACAGCUGCCCGUUUCCGAGGAACGGUUCCUGGGCGGACGGCGCCUUGAUGCGCGACUCCCUGCUGUCCGCGUCGGGUACUCUGGUCGGAGCCACGGGGCCCUUGGGCAUGUCCGUCGGGGAGGACGACGACGGGAGGGACGUGGACACGGUCACCUUCUGCGCGGUCAACCUCAAGCCGGACGCCACCCACGGGGCGAGGUUCGAGGUGAUCAGCACGCUGGACGGCGCGACCCUCGAUAGCGAGGACGGCGAGGGCUUCCAGGCCAUCAGCCCGUUCCAGGAGGCGCAGACGUUCCCCGCUGGCGCCCUGACGUACCCGCCCGACCGUCCGAUCCUGCAGGGUCGACAUAUGGAUGUGCGUACCCCGCCCGGGGGAGGGGUGGUCAUGAGGCGCGACGCCCCGCCGUUUGUGUUUGUGGACGGGGACGGCAGCAGUAUCGACGACUUCACGGGUAUUACGCCGGAGUUCUUGGAGAAACUUGCUGAUGUCGUAGGCUUCACGUACUCGCUUAGGGCACCGCCCGAAGGCACGACAACUCCAGACACCAUCGAGAUGGUGAGGAACGGGUCGGCGGACAUGACGGGGAGCUGGAUCACCAUCACGUCGGAGCGUGCGGAGUACGUGUCCUUCACGUACCCGUACUUCGACCUGGGCAUCGCGUUCGUCUACCUGCCCACCAUCGACGAAGGGGUGAAUUUCUGGAAGGCGUUCGCCCCGUUCGAGGCCAGCCUGUGGCUGAUGCUCCUCGUGUCCCUCGUCGUGACGGUGGUUCUGCUGUGGCUCUUCGAGGGCGCGAAGAAUGACCAGUUCUCCAGGGGUGGCUGGGGCAGGCGCCACAGGACGGUCACAAGGGUGAGGCAGGGCGGGGACGGGUGGGGUACUCUCAUGUUUCGCAUGCUUCGCAUUGGCCACGCGUCCUCCAGAGGACUGAGGGGGCGUACUGGUGUUUUGCAUGCCAUAGCGGGUAUUAGUCGUUCGGUGUACGUGACGUCGUCGUUGAUGAUGUCGCAGCUCACGCACAAGCCCGAAACGCUGGAGGGGUACCUGCUCACCCUAGGCUGGCUCUUCACCUCCUUUGUCUUGGCCGCGUCCUACACCGCAGAGCUCGCCUCGUUCCUGACGGCCUCCAAGCUAGAAACCACGGUCCUGAACGGGUCGGCUUUGACGACGCUGGCGGACUCGGCGACGGCGGACUACCAGCUGCAGAACGACUUCUGCGGCCUUACCACCCUCGCGGAGGUGUUGUACCCUCAGGCGACGCUGCAGCUGAGGGAGGACGGCACUCUGAUCGACAUCGAGGAAUCCUACCUCGACCCCUCCGUCGUGUGCGUCCCCGUCACCACCAGCGAGGAAGAGUCGUCCAACAUGACAAUCUCGGUAAGAAAUGCUCGUCCAACAUGACAAACUCGGUAAGAUAUUCUCGUCGGGCAUGACAGUCUUGGUAAGAUAUGCUCGUCGAACAUGACAGUCUCGGUAUGAAACGGCAACGUCUUUCUCUUGUUGUCAGGUGUACCAGCGUCCCAAAGGAUCGUUCUACACUAUGAAAUACAACGCUUUCUCCUCUUGGCAGAAGACGAUAAUUGUAUGUGCGUGUUUUUCUGGUAGCCGUGUUCCUACAGUCUGCAGGUUAACCAGCGUCCGAGGGGAUCGUGCUACACUAUCCUACUGCCGCACGUUUGUGUGCUCUUGUUUGCCCGUACGGAUAACAUGGAAUGCAAGUGUAGAAGUUUUGGAGCGAAAUGUGAUUACUGCACGUGCUGUUGGGUGA